AUGGGACCUCGAGGUGCCCCUCUCCUGGCAGUGGUCCUUGUCCUAGGGCUGUGUGCUCUGGUGGAAAGCGAGAAACCUUCCCCCUGCCAGUGUUCCAGGAUAACACCGAAAAACAGAAAGAACUGUGGCUUCCCGGGCAUCACCAGUGACCAGUGCUUCGAUCAGGGGUGUUGCUUUGACUCCAAAGUUGCUGGGGUCCCUUGGUGUUUCCACCCACUUCCAAAAGAAGCAUCAGAGCAGUGUGUCAUGGAAGUGUCAGCCCGCAAGAAUUGUGGGUUCCCGGGCAUCAGCCCCAAGGAGUGUGCCUCUCGACAGUGCUGCUUCUCCAGCUUGAUCUCCGAAGUGCCCUGGUGUUUUUUCCCACAGUCUGAGCAAGACAACCCCACCCCCACCCCUGUGCCUGUGGAAAUCGCCUUGGAAGGGAGGGAGCUUCGGGACAGCUUCGACUUCCAGGGGCUCUACUGUGUCCUAGAGAUGGGAGCUGCCCCAAUCCUGGAACAUGGGAGAAGCAAUGUGCAGGGUUGUCUUGGCUGUGCCUAUGGGGUUGUGGUGGUGGCAGCCUUCAUGUUCCAGUGGCUCGAGCCUUACCUGGUGCUGCUGGAGACCAUGGCCAUAUGA